AUGGCGGGUGAGUCUGAGAGGGGCGGCGGCGGCAGCGCUGGCAAGGGUACGGAUGGCAAGAAGUCGAUGGACGAUGCCCCUUCCCCCUCGUCCCCCAAGAAAAACUGCAGGCUGAUGGAAUACGGCGAUCACGCGCCGCAGUCUGAUGCCCCUCCAGCGAAUUCCGAAACUGGGAGCAGCUGCGGAGUGGGCAAGGAUGGCAGCGGUACCGAGACACCCGCCGCGGCAUCAACGGCAUCAGGUACCGCCAGCGCUGCCCCUGGGCGUUCCCCUGGUGGUACAAGUGUGGCUGGCCGUGCAAACAAGACGGGUGAGUCGAGUGUGUCAACCGGGCGACCCGCUACGGGGUCGUCUCACGUUACAAGACGGUUGAUGACGGACACCGCCAACAUCAACGUCGACGAGCUGGUGCAGUCGAUGGACGCCAACCAGCCGUCGCCGGGCGAAAGCGACGACGAGAAGGAGGAGCGCAUGCGCCAGUCGGAAACGCAACGCAUGCUGCGGGAGUUGACGGCGGACUCCGACCUGAUGAACCAGGUGAUGCGGGCCGCGACCAACCCGGAGAUGGCCAAGGAGCUUGCGCGACAGGCCGAUACCGCCUGGAGAAACAUCGAGGCUGUGCCCGGUGGCUUCCGGGCGCUGUACCAGAUGCACCGCAACAUCCAGCAGCCACUCUGGCAGGCGAUGCUGAACGACGGGCAGAAGGCUUCCACGCCCCCCAGGCGCCACGGGAGGUCGAAGCUGCCGAACCCCAACGAGAAACUGUCGGUGGAGGCGCUGCCAAACCCGUGGGUUACGUCUCCUCCGUCGUUUCCGGCUUCACCAGGCAUGCCCCCUUCAUUGGGAGGCCUGGGUGGCAUGCGCAACAACUCGAACAUGGGCGGCCUGGCGAACCUGCUCUCCUCGAUGCCGAUCUCUCCCAGGCGGGAGUCCUCCAAGGGCAACGAGUCGCCACUGAGUUUGAGUCUGAUGAACACGCUUAACCCGUAUAUACGGGGCACCGGCGUGGACACCUCGGGGUCGUCAAGAGACUCGGGUGCAAGCGGGUCCAGUUCCAGCAGCGCGGCAACGUCCGGGCGCCACAGCGUCGUUAGCAACUCCGGCUCCGCCUCGCACGAGUCUGCGGCUUCGCCGGUCGAGGCACUGACGCCGAGCGCGACUGGAUCGGAGGACGAAGUUGCGGAGCCCACCAACCCAGUGAGCGAAAAGUACGCCGAGGAACUGGCGCAGCUGGAGGAGAUGGGCAUAUACGACCGGGACCGCUGCAUAACGGCCCUCGAGGCGUCGGACGGCGACCUGUUCACGGCCCUGGGGCUGCUGGAGAGCCUCGAGGAGCUCGACAAGGCGGAGCCGGGCGAGGGCGCUUAG